GCCAGACGCAGGCCGGGCGGAAGCAACCCGGGCGGACUGGGCGGCGGGUGAGCGGGUGGGCUUUUAAAGGGACCAGCUCCGCCUGAGCCCGUUCGCCGACGGGGACUUCUGAUGCAUUCUACCCCGUCGCGGUGCCAGGCCAUGGCCAGACCACCCGCCCCGGGCUCGGUGAUUGUCCCAGACUGGCACGAGAGCGCCGAGGGCAAGGAGUAUUUAGCCUGCAUCCUGCGCAAGAACCGCAGACGGGUGUUCGGGCUGCUGGAACGACCAGUGCUGCCCCCACCCGUGGCCAUUGACACAGCCAGCUACAAGAUCUUCGUGUCUGGAAAGAGCGGCGUGGGCAAGACAGCACUGGUGGCCAAGCUGGCUGGCCUAGAGGUACCCGUGGUACACCAUGAGACCGCUGGCAUCCAGACCACCGUGGUAUUUUGGCCAGCCAAACUGCAGGCCAGUGACCGUGCUGUCAUGUUCCGCUUUGAGUUCUGGGACUGCGGGGAGUCUGCACUCAAAAAGUUCGACCACAUGCUGCCGGCUUGCAAGGAGAAGACAGAUGCUUUCCUCUUCCUCUUCUCCUUCACCGACCGUGCCUCCUUUGAAGACCUCCCUGGACAGCUGGCCCGAGUAGCAGGCGACACCCCUGGUGUUGUCAGGAUGGUCAUCGGCUCCAAAUUUGACCAGUACAUGCACACUGAUGUGCCUGAGCGUGACCUCACGGCCUUCCGGCAGGCCUGGGAACUGCCCCUCUUGAGGGUGAAGAGUGUGCCGGGGCGGCGGCUGGCAGAUGGGCGCACACUGGAUGGGUGGGCUGGGCUGGCCGACGUUGCCCACGUGCUCAACGGCCUGGCGGAACAGCUGUGGCACCAGGACCAGGUGGCAGCUGGCCUGCUCCCCGACACCUCGGAGAACUCCCCCAGCUGAUCUCUACUCCCAACCGUGACCCAAGGCAGAGGGCAGGACCAGGUCCUAAGGCUGAGGCAGGAACAUUGACCUCAUCCUGAGGACUGGCCAGAGGGGCCUGUCAGGAGGACGAGGAGGCACCUUCCUUGCAGAAAUCACAGCAGUGAGGUGGGGACACGAGGCUCUGUACAUCAGUGGCCUAAGGGCAUCCGGGGGCCCCCUGGCCUUCUCCCUCCGCCUUGGAGGGUCUGGGCUCUGGAAACUGAGGAAGUAUAGGGGCAGAACCUUAGGGCUCAAGCUUCUCCCGCACCCCCCACCUGCUGUCCUCCCAGAAAGGGCGACUGGAAAGGGGGGGCAUCCCAGCCGGGCCCUGGACCCCAAGUGACUUCAGUCAAGAGCCUGUAUUCCUUGAGGCAACACCAUCUGCUAUAUCGGAUAAACCCUGAAAUCUCAGUGGCUUUACUCGAUAGAAGUGUUUCCCUUGCUCAGCCUCACUUCAGCUGAAAGUGAAGGGAUCUGGGGGCUCUGCUGAAUGAACCCUGACUCUGAGGUCUCUAACACAUGGCUUCCCGGUUGGCCCUGGGGCAUCAGCAUCCAGUCAGCAGAGGGGGAGUGACUGCUAGUGGAGGGUCACCUAGGAGGUUUCCCGGGACCUGGCCUCUGGGGGUGUGCCUUCUGCCCACCUUCCAUUGGCCAGCACCCAGUCACAUGGUUACAUGGAGCUGCAGGGCAGGCUGGGAAAUGUAGUCCACCUUCAUGUUCAGGGGGUGAGCCCUCCGUGCAGUACCUUUCUUGAAAAUGAAGGUGUCAGGCUAGGCUUGGGAAGCAGGGCCCCGCCAGCCUGGGGUAUCAGAAAGCUCACUGGGGAGGGCCAGGGACUGGACCAGGUGGGGUCAGGGAGUGAGGUGCCCUGUUUGGCAGCUCUGCCCUGUGGGAAGCCAGCAAGGGCAGGAGCAGGAAAGUGAGGGAAUGUGCCCAUUCUUGUGUCUCACCCCUGCCCCAUCCACCAGAGACACUGGUGAAUGCAGGCUAAAGUAUGGGGGGAGGGGGCGGUGCUGAUGCAGAGGGCCUUUAUACUUUCGGACACCCCCUGAUGGUACCCUAGUUGGAACCCUGGGUUGAGGCCUGGCCUGAGUCUGAGCCAGCUGGAAGGACCUGGGGGCCCAGAUAUGUGACCCCCAAAGCCAGCGGACCCUUGGAGCCGCCUCUUGAGAGGGGAGCCCUGGCAGCUUUGUAUACCACAUCCUCACAGGCAUGAUCACAUGCUCACACAUACCAGCCCUUGGCCUAAAACACUGCCCUCCACCCAUGUGCACACCCCCCCUGCUGGCACACGCAGGACGUUCAUACAUAACCCACUCGGGCUCACCCUCCUGGGCACACUGACCACCUGCCUGAUGGCAUUUACCAUGUCUGCUACCCUGGGCACCACCCACAGGUUCGUCGGUCACCCCUUCCAGGGCCUAAAGGACCAGCGCUGGUUCAGAGCUGAGUCCUGAGCUUGUCCCAUACCCCAGAGAAAGAACGUCCCUGUGCGGGACCCUAAGCCUCAUGGUAGCACAGCCGGUGGGCUGGCUCCCACUCCUGAGCUCCUGAGCCAUAGACCUGUCCCCUGCGGGCUUCAGCUCUGCUUCCGGGCAGCCGGCUCAGCCCAUUCUUUUCCGUUCUUAGCUCCAGUAGACCGUACCCGGGAGGCAACAGCAAAGCUUGGGAGUGGGACCCGGUGAAGGUCACCUCUGGGCCUGAAUGUGAUGCUCUAGCUACAGGUGCCUGUGUUGUGAGCACCAGCCAGUUAUCUCUGGGCUUGAAACUCCCCCAGAAAGGAAGCUACUGCAUCCUUCUUGGGUCCCCGCUCUGUACCCGCAGGCCAGUUUUCUCCUGGUUAGCCCUGCCCCAAUCAGAGAAUCACCCUGUCACCCACCUUCACCCCAAACCAAGGAGGUGAACAGUUCUCUGCUGUUUUCCUGCGUAAGGACAAGGUAGGGAGGCCAGGGGGACUGGGACCAGGAGCCUGGCCACCUGCCCUCCCAGCACCACUUUCUGUGCCCCUGCGAGCCCUGCCGCCGUGUCCCUUCAGCACUUAGCAGACUGCUUAUCCGGGGGGCCUCCUCCGUGGCAGUGCAGAGCUGGGAGCCAUUAUCAAAAUAGCAGGUGACUGCACUUACAGUGUGUUCCCUGGGCAGGGCCACGUGGAAAGGGAGUGAGAAGAGCGUGCGGACACACGCGUGUGGUUUCGAGCCAGCUUCACGGCCCUCAGAGGGGCCCUCCCACCUGGUUUGAAGCUCUGCUCUGGCCAUCUUGAAACUCUGGACACCGCACAGUCUGUAGCGGGUCCUGGGUGUGUUAUCCAGGGAGAGGGUCUGGGCUCCAGAUAAAGCUCCUCUCUCAGGGUUUGGAGGGAGGGGCCACUCCGGGGAAGUGUCACAAGGCCAUCUUUUCUCCCUGCUUUGGUGCCCCAAAUUCCACCGUUAGGUUAAGCCUCACAGCAGUUCAGGGCAAGUAUCUCUCCACUCACCCCACCCCUCCAUGGGCCCUGAGGCUCCCUGGAAGGAAGGGGUAGUGAUGAUGCCCCAGACUGGGUCAGGGGUGGGCCCUGACUUUGGGAAAAGGUCCGGGAGGGCCCUGGAGCCACUGAACUUUGGGGCUCUGGAGGGAAGCCGCUGGGAGCCAUCAUCUUUUCCUGAGGCGAGGGUGGGGGUUAGCUCUGCUGUGGCCUGGCCCCACUGCUGUUCCCAGAGUCAGGAUCUAUCAGCUGCUUCUUCCUUCCCCAAACAGGCUCUCAACAGAGCCUACAGAUGGGGAGUGCCAUGGUCUGAAUGUGUCCCCCCAAAAUUUAUACUUUGAAAUCCCAAUCCUUAAUGUGAUGGUAUUUUAGGGACCUUUGGGAGGUCAAGAGGGCAGAGCCCCACGCAUGGGAUUCGUGCUCUUAUGCAAGAGACCCCACAGAGCUCUGUAGCCCCUUCCACCAAAUGAAGACACAGAAAGUGCAGACUAUAAACCAGGAAGAGGGUCCUCGAGGACCCUGCUGGAGCCUUGAUCUUGG